UUUCCUCCAUUUGUCUGUUUUCAAUAUUUUUAUAGAAUUUCCCUCUCGCUGGCGAUGUUAUCUUAUAGAGAUCUUCACGAAGAGAUCGAGGAUGCUCUGCUGGAAUACGAAACAUACGACAAGUCGUUCCCUUUGCAAAAUGAUCUCGAAGAAGCCGUUUCCCAUUUUGAUCUUCAGAAAGUCUGCAGAAUCCUUGACAAAGGCAUCGACUUGGAGAAUGCAACGAAACAUAGGACAUCGAUUCUCCAUUUGGUUCUGGAAUUGGCGGAGAAGGAGGAGGAUGUGUGGGACGAUGUUCAGCAAAUAUUUGAAAAACUCUUGGCAUUCGGUGCACCAGUUAACAAGCAGGACAGAUUUGGCCGGACACCACUUCACCUUGCGGUCAGUUGUGGUCAGUCAGCACAGAUAGUGAAGCAACUGAUAGAGAAGGGUAGCAAAGUUGAUAAACAGGACAAUGCCGGUUGUACUGCCCUCAUGAUUGCCUUCCUGGUGACCCACUACGAUAUCAUCGACAUCGUCACUCACCUCUUAGACUCAAACUGCCAGGUAAACCUUCGAGACCAGAACGGCUGCACAGCCCUCCACUAUGUCUGCAUGAACAAGAAAUAUGAUACAAAGACAAGAUUCCAGAUUCUCAACAAAUUAUUCAGUGCUGGGGCCAGAGUCAAUAUUCGAGACCACGAAGGUUACAGCCCUGUCUGCUAUGAACUGGACCAAGUGUUAAAGAAAUCUCAAGCUUCACAUGGAAAGUACACCAAGUGUGACUUGACCAUUCUCCGACAACUUCUUCAAGGUGGUGCCAUCAUUGAUUGCAGAGCCUACCAGAAACAGGGUGUUUGGUUGCGGAAUAUCCUCAAACAAAAUCUGAAUUUGUUGUAUUCUGUGUUGGAUGUUGUCACCCCAACUCAGCGCCACUGUAAACUGUUCCAAUUCCGGAGGUUUCUUACCUACACAUAUUCCAAAAAUGAUCAUUUCUGCCCAGACACCGCCAAGAAGCUCAUAGAACACAUGUACAGACCGAUAAACUUAAAACUUAUUUGUAUGACUUACAUCCGAGAUAUUAUAAAGGACCAACUCCACCAGCGAGUACAUCUAUUGGAGAUACCUAUAAAACUCCGACAUGAUAUUUUAAAUGUAUGAAGUAAAAUGCUGAAGCCUGGCCCAACCCAUCCUAGCUGACCCCUUAAGGGUUCGUGAAAAACUAGAUAUUAACACCAACCCUACCCCAACAGCCCUUUGAAUUCUCCAGUCCAACUCAGCCUAACUGGCUCUCUAAGGGUUCAUGGACUAUCAGAGAGUAACACCAGCUCUACCCCAACACUCCUUUGAAUUCCCUGGCCAGCUCAGCCCAUCUGACUCCCUAAGGGUUCAUGGACUAUCAGAGAGUAACACCAGCUCUACCCCAACACUCCUUUGAAUUCCCUGGCCAUUUCAGCUCAAUUGACUCCCUAAUGGUUCAGACUACCAGAGAGUAACACCAGCUCUACCCCAACUGUCCUUUAAAUUCCCAGGCCCAACUCAGCCCAACUGACUCCCUAAGGGUUCAUGGACUACCAGAGAGUUAACACCAACCCCACCUUAAGGGGCCUUUGAAUUCUUGUCUCAUCCACCAUAUAUAUUUAUGUUAAUGGUUUCUUAAGUGCUGGAUCUUCAACCCCACUCCCAGAGUUUAUAAAAAUUAGGGUCCUUACUCACCACAUGGGUUUAUAAAAUGCUUCAGGUUAAAACCAACCUUCAAGGGUUUUUAACAAUCUCAGUUUCAGCCCCAGUUUCCUGGGGUCACAUUUGAUUAAUUUGUUAGAGAUCUCACACCCACCACCACCACCACCACCACUAACCUCACCUCCCACAGCAGACCUUGCCACCACCAUCACCACCAUUUUCACUAUCACUUUCCAUUUCUGACUUUAUCAUCACAAGUGCACCUCUAUGUGGUCGACCUGACAUGCUAAAAAGAGCAAUCAAAGAGCAGGCAGUGGUGGUGGUGGUGGUGGUGGUGGUCAUAAUAGAAGUGGUACUGAUAUCCACCACACUAGAGGCUGACCUCUUUUUAUACCUGGUCAGCCAUCAGUUACAACCCUCUUACAGUGCCAAUGAAUGGCCGUCACUGGAUAACCGAUGACCUUUCUGGGUCAGUACACCUUCCCCCUACCCCACACACAUACAUCAUCACACAUUAUGGAUUAUACACCCAAGAUUAUAUACCCUGGCAUCUACUCGUGAGACAGACCUUCCAAAAGGUCCAGGGGUAUGGUUCUUUUGCCUGCUAGAAGUAACAGCUAUGUGUCAAAUCACUCUUCAACCAUCCUGUAAAAAAGGUUUGGACUGUCACAGCUGGAACACACAGUCAUAGAUCUGCUCAUUCGAGACUGA